AUCUGAAUCCUCCUCUCCUGCCAACAUGUGUUGUAACUACGGGAACUCCUGUGGCUAUGGCUGCGGAUGCGGCUAUGGCUGUGGCUAUGGCUCGGGCUGUGGCUACGGCUAUGGCUCAGGAUGUGGCUGUGGCUAUGGCUCAGGAUGGGGCUGUGGAAAAGGCUCCUGCUGUGGCUGUGGAUAUGGCUCUGGCUCUGGCUGCUGUGGCUACCGGCCACUUUGCUACAGAAGAUGUUAUUCUUCUUGCUGCUAGACCAUCGCUCUCCAAACCCCAUUUGCUUCUGAAAUGACACCACCAAAGCGACAGCUGAAGCAAGAAUCCAUACCUCAAGAAUUCUACG